AUGUCUACAUCUGUCAUUACUCCUUCCACAGGACAGAACCGUUGGAACCACCUCCAUAAGGUCUUAUCUAAACCUGGCCCUUUCAGUGAUGAAGACUGGGUCCCGGGACAGGACACAAUCAAUGCCCUAGAGUCCUCCAAAAUCUUCGGCGCUGGUGGACUGGGCUGUGAGAUUUUGAAGAAUCUUGCACUUUCGGGAUUCAAAGAUAUCCAUGUUAUUGAUAUGGACACUAUCGACAUUUCAAAUCUCAACCGACAGUUUCUCUUCCGACAAGCAGAUAUUGGCAAACCAAAAGCAGAGGUUGCUGCUGCCUUUGUGGAAAGGCGGGUCAAAGGAGUGAAAAUCACACCUUAUGUUGGCAAGAUCCAAGACAAAGAUGAGGAUUACUACAUGCAGUUCAAGAUCAUUAUCUGCGGUCUCGACAGUAUUGAAGCCCGUCGCUGGAUUAACUCCACCCUGGUUGGAAUGGUUGACCUCGAAGACCCGGAGAGUCUGAAGCCAUUGAUUGAUGGUGGAACCGAAGGUUCGUGGCUAUCUGCUCGGGGACAGGCUCGUGUGAUACUGCCAACCCUUUCAUCGUGUAUCGAGUGCCAGCUUGAUAUGCAUGCUCCUCGACCCGCUGUGCCCCUUUGCACAAUUGCUACAAUUCCUCGCCAGCCACAACAUUGCAUUGAAUGGGCUCACCAGAUUGCAUGGCAAGAGAAGCGCAAAGAUGAUACUUUUGAUAGUGAUGACAUGGAACACAUUUCCUGGAUCUACAAUACUGCUCUGGAACGAUCCCACCAAUUCCAUAUCCACGGCGUGACCUUUCAAAUGACCCAGGGAGUUGUGAAGAAUAUUAUUCCAGCAAUUGCAUCCACGAAUGCUGUAAUUGCAGCAUCGACAACCUCCGAGGUGCUUAAGAUUGCAACAUCUUGCAACCCUUACCUGGAGAACUACAUGAUGUACGCCGGCGAAGAGGGUGUUUACACCUACACUUUUGAAGCGGAAAAAAAGGCAGAUUGUCCCGUAUGUGGUAAUCUUGCUCGCAAUAUGAAUGUUGACGCGAACAUGACAUUGGGUGACUUUAUUGACAGCCUCGGCGAGAAAGCCGAGGCCCAAUUGAAGAAGCCCAGCAUGCGCACAGAAGAAAAGACCCUCUACCAGCGUUUCCCACCGCAGUUGGAGGAACACACGAGACCCAAUCUACAGCUCAAGCUACGCGAGCUUGUAGAGGAUGGACAGGAAAUUGCAGUCAGUGAUCCAGCAUACACCAUUGACUUCCGGUUCCGCCUGCACUUCAAAUAA